CCUCCUUGAGAAUGAGCCCAUUAGCCGCACAAAUUCGCAGCAGGCGGCUGGGGCGGCGGCUGGGGCGGCGGCUGGGGCGGCGGCUGGGGCAGCGGCUGCAGCAGCGGAGGACGCUCUGCAUUACCCCGUCCGGCGUCCUCGGCAGGCGCCCGAAGCUGAGGGCGCAUCCUCUACCGCACCCAAGCUUCGUCUGUCUUUUCAAGCUCUUCAUGCUGCCCAACUAAAAGGAAAACAUGGGCACGGGGGAUUUUAUCUGCAUUUCCAUGACUGGAGGGGCGCCCUGGGGGUUCAGAUUGCAAGGUGGCAAGGAGCAGAAGCAGCCCUUACAAGUUGCAAAGAUUCGAAAUCAGAGCAAAGCCUCUGGGUCUGGGCUCUGUGAGGGAGAUGAAGUGGUUUCCAUCAAUGGCAACCCUUGUGCAGAUCUCACCUACCCUGAAGUCAUCAAGCUCAUGGAAAGCAUAACAGACUCUCUCCAAAUGCUUAUCAAAAGACCAUCCAGUGGAAUAAGUGAGGCUUUGAUAUCUGAAAAUGAAAACAAAAACCUCGAGCAUCUCACACAUGGGGGCUAUGUGGAAAGUACCACCCUGCAGAUUCGACCAGCCACAAAGACCCAGUGCACAGAAUUCUUCCUUGCCCCUGUCAAGACUGAAGUUCCCCUAGCUGAGAACCAAAGAAGUGGUCCCGAUUGUGCAAGCAGCUUGAAAGAAGAAACAGGCCCGAUCUACCAAAGGGCUCCCCAAAUGCCUGACUCCCAAAGAGGAUGCGUGGCAGAAGAGCUGAUCUUAAGGGAGAAGGUAGAAGCGGUACAGCCUGGCCCUGUGGUUGAGCUGCAACUGUCCCUUUCACAGGAGAGACAUAAGGGCGCUAGUGGCCCUUUAGUGGCUCUCCCGGGAGCUGAAAAAUCUAAGUCUCCUGACCCAGACCCUAACUUGUCACAUGACAGGAUUGUCCGCAUAAAUUCGAUCCCUACUAAUGAGAAAGCAGACCCUUUCCUGAGGUCCAGCAAGGUAAUCCAGAUCUCCAGUGGCAGAGAGUUGAGAGUGAUCCAGGAAAGUGAAGCAGGAGAUGCGGGACUGCCCCGGGUGGAAGUGAUCCUCGACUGCUCUGACAGGCAGAAGACAGAAGGGUGCAGGCUUCAGGCAGGAAAGGGGUGUGUGGAUUCUCCAGUGGAAGGAGGGCAGUCAGAAGCACCUCCUUCUCUGGUAUCCUUUGCCGUCUCAUCAGAAGGCACAGAGCAGGGAGAAGAUCCACGCUCGGAAAAGGAUCACAGCAGACCUCACAAGCACCGAGCGCGGCAUGCACGGCUCAGGAGGAGUGAAAGCCUGUCAGAAAAACAAGUGAAGGAAGCAAAAUCUAAAUGCAAAAGCAUUGCCCUUCUUCUAACGGAUGCUCCCAACCCCAACUCCAAGGGGGUGUUGAUGUUUAAGAAGCGACGUCGGAGGGCGAGGAAAUACACCCUAGUUAGCUACGGUACUGGCGAGCUUGAGCGAGAGGUGGACGAGGAGGAAGAAGGUGGCAAGGAGGAUACAUGUGAAGUGGCAUUUCUUGGUGCAAGCGAAUCAGAGGUGGAUGAAGAGUUAUUGUCUGACGUUGACGACAACACACAAGUUGUGAACUUUGACUGGGAUUCUAGACUGGUGGACAUUGAAAAGAAACUGAACAGAGGGGACAAGAUGGAGAUGUUACCAGACACCACAGGCAAGGGAGCCCUCAUGUUUGCCAAGAGGAGGGAGAGAAUGGAUCAGAUCACAGCCCAAAAAGAAGAGGACAAGGUAGGUGGAACGCCAAGCAGAGAACAAGAUGCUGCCCAGACCGAUGGCCUGAGAACCAUGACUUCUUACCAAAGAAAGGAGGAAGAGUCGGUGAGAACGCAGAGCUCUGUGAGCAAAAGCUACAUCGAGGUGAGUCAUGGUCUUGGCCAUGUUCCCCAACAGAAUGGCUUCAGUGGGGCAUCUGAGACAGCAAACAUCCAGAGGAUGGUCCCCAUGAAUAGAACGGCCAAACCCUUCCCAGGGUCUGUGAAUCAGCCAGCUACCCCCUUCUCGCCAACCCGAAACAUGACGAGUCCCAUUGCUGACUUUCCUGCACCUCCACCUUACUCUGCAGUCACUCCUCCCCCUGACGCUUUCUCCAGAGGGGUAUCAAGUCCGAUUGCUGGCCCAGCACAGCCCCCUCCAUGGCCCCAGGCUGCCCCGUGGUCCCAGCCAGCCUUUUACGAUUCAUCUGAGCGAAUAGCUUCCCGAGAUGAGAGGAUCUCAGUGCCAGCAAAAAGAACAGGAAUAUUACAGGAGGCCAAAAGGAGAAGCACGACAAAACCCAUGUUUACUUUUAAAGAGCCCAAAGUAAGCCCAAAUCCUGAACUCUUGUCACUCCUUCAAAAUUCAGAAGGCAAACGGGGCACUGGAGCUGGAGGUGAUUCCGGACCGGAAGAAGACUACCUCAGCUUGGGGGCAGAGGCUUGUAAUUUCAUGCAAAGCUCCUCUGCCAAACAAAAGACCCCUCCUCCUGUUGCUCCAAAACCUGCAGUCAAGUCCUCAUCCUCCCAACCAGUAACUCCAGUUUCCCCAGUCUGGUCUCCAGGAGUGGCUCCCACCCAACCUCCUGCCUUCCCCACAUCCAACCCAUCAAAAGGCACCGUUGUCUCCUCCAUCAAAAUAGCCCAGCCUUCUUACCCUCCUGCCCGGCCUGCAAGUGCUUUGAAUGUGGCUGGUCCCUUCAAAGGACCACAAGCAGCAGUAGCCAGUCAGAAUUACACACCCAAACCAACAGUUUCCACACCAACAGUCAAUGCUGCUCAGCCUGGUGCAGUGGGACCAUCCAAUGAGCUUCCAGGAAUGAGUGGGAGAGGAGCUCAGCUCUUUGCUAAAAGGCAGUCAAGAAUGGAGAAGUAUGUGGUCGAUUCAGACACGGUGCAGGCCCACGCUGCUCGAGCUCAGUCUCCCACUCCAUCUCUCCCCGCCAGUUGGAAGUACUCCUCCAAUGUCCGAGCACCUCCUCCUGUGGCCUAUAAUCCUAUCCACUCGCCGUCUUACCCACUGGCUGCUCUCAAGUCUCAGCCUUCGGCCGCACAGCCCUCCAAAACGGGCAAGAAAAAGGGGAAGAAACCCCUCAAUGCAUUAGAUGUCAUGAAGCACCAACCAUAUCAGCUCAAUGCAUCCUUGUUUACUUUCCAACCUCCAGAUGCAAAGGAUGGCCUCCCCCAGAAGUCAUCAGUCAAGGUCAAUUCAGCCCUGGCCAUGAAACAAGCUCUUCCUCCCCGGCCAGUGAAUGCUGCCUCACCUACGAAUGUGCAGGCUUCGUCAGUGUACUCGGUACCAGCCUAUACCUCUCCUCCUUCCUUCUUUGCAGAGGCCUCCCCACCAGUCAGUGCAUCCCCAGUGCCUGUGGGCAUUCCCACCUCGCCAAAGCAAGAAUCAGCCUCAUCAUCUUAUUUUGUGGCACCAAGGCCAAAGUUCUCGGCCAAGAAAAGUGGUGUCACAAUUCAGGAGAGUGGGCGCUCCCUUUCUCUUCCUGGAAGAUCAGUCCCACCCACCAUUUCUACAUCUCCUUGGGUAUACCAGCCUACUUAUAGUUACUCUAGUAAACCAACUGAUGGACUAGAGAAAGCAAACAAGAGACCAACUCCUUGGGAAGCAGCAGCAAAAUCUCCUCUCGGUCUAGUGGAUGAUGCUUUCAGACCCAGAAACAUCCAGGAGUCCAUUGUGGCAAAUGUGGUCUCAGCAGCUCGGAGGAAGGUGCUUCCAGGGCUUCCAGAGGACUGGAAUGAAAGACUGUCCUAUAUUCCUCAAACCCAGAAAGCCUAUAUGGGCUCAUGUGGAAGGCAAGAGUAUAAUGCCACAGUCAAUAAUAAUAUGUCCACCAACUCCCAAUAUGGUUCACAGUUGCCAUAUGCGUAUUAUAGGCAGGCUUCAAGAAAUGAUUCCGAAAUCAUGUCCAUGGAAACCAGGUCUGAUUACUGUCUUCCAGUAGCUGAUUACAACCACAACCCACACCCAAGGGGAUGGAGACGCCAAACAUGAAAGUUAGAAGAAUGGAUCAUGUGCCAACUGUAGUUUUUUUAAAAACGCUCCUUUGUAGGGUUUUAAACUUUUCUAAUAGAUUUAGAUUCACUUUUGAUCUUGGCUUGUUCUCAUAAGUCAUUUAUCUAAGUUUGUGUUUCUGUGUGUGUGUGAGUAUAUGUAUGUGAAUACACACACACACACACACACACAAGUGAGUGUGAAUACUUCCUUGUUGGCUGAUCCAUAGAGCAUUACUUUGAAGAAAAUUUCACUAUCUGCAUUCAUGUGCUGGCACUUAUAUGUAAUUCAUAAUUUUGAUUCCAUUUAUAGGUAGUCUAUGCAACUAAACUCUACUCAAUUAAAGUAAAACUAAGUAUUUCUUCAUUGCACCUUAGUCCAGGAAGAAAUUAACGGAAUAUGGUGUGCUAAUUGUCACUACCUAUAACAGUGAGGAAUAUAACAUUGCAGAAAUUUCUCAUAGGGGCAUGCCAGUGAGCAAUUAUUUUAUAAAAAUAUUUUCCUUGGUGUUAAGUAUUUCUCUGCAACUUUUUUUUUUUUUUUUUUGAGAUGGAGUCUUGCUCUGUCCCAACCAGGCUGGAGUGUGAUGGUGUGAUAUUGGCUCACUGCAACCUGCGCCUCCUGGGUUCAAGCAAUUCUCCUGCCUCAGCCUCCUGAGUAGCUGGGAUUACAGGCAUGCACCACCACACCUGGCUAAUGUUUGUAUUUUUAGUAGACACAAAGUUUCACCAUGUUGGUCAGACUGGUCUUGAACUUCUGACCUCAUGAUCUGCCCACCUCAGCCUCCCAAAGUGCUGGGAUUACAGGCAUGAGCCACCGCACCCGGCCUUUCUGCAACAUUUUUAAAAAGAAAUCUAAUAAAUUUUAGAUUUUUAAAAAAGAAUUAAAAUGUAGGAGUUCCCAGAAAUAAACACAUGAGAAUAAGAUUAUUAUACAUUUUGGAAGGACUUUUGAGGAAUGAUGUGAUGUGUGGAGAAUAGAAAGAUUUAGAUAUAUGCCCGUGACAGGAAUAGACUCUGGGUUCAGGUGUCCCCAUUUGUCAAAUGAGAAGAUUGGAUUAUCUAAUCUUUUAGAUCCUUAACAACUCUGAUAUUCUGAGUUUCUCUCAUUUGUAGAAUGCCCUCUGAUGCAUUGUUUAUUUUUAUUGCUCAUAAUAUAAAUAUCAGAUUACGUUUAGGAGUGGAUUAGGUAAUUAGUGUCACUACAUGUAUCAUUAAAGGUCCUAAAAGGAAUUGUUAGGCGGCAGGCUUUGUGUUACGUGUUACAUGGAAUGAGGGUAGAUGUGAAGAUUUAAAAUGAUUAAUGGAUUUAAGGAAGUGGUACAUAAAUAUGUCUGUUAUUAUGCAAUUGUAGGUCAUGAUAAUUUAUUCAGUUAUAGAAAACAUGACACAGAAGCCGAUGUAACAAGUGGUGCUUCUUUAGAAAGUUGUCAUUAGGAUGUUCUGAGUAAGUUAAACAGCUGCUUCAUCAAUCCCAUGACACAUGCCUGUUAGCAUGCCCAUCAAAUAAUCAGAUCAAGCACCUGCUCCUUAUUGCCAUACCCACAAAGUGUUAAAUACAAAAAAAUUCAAAGUAUUUGACAUCAUAAGCAAAUAUCCAGAAUAUUUUUAAGUAAAAAACCAUCUUGAGUAUUCAAAAUUUCCUUAGCUUUUUAAAGGUGAUAAUUUUGCUUUGUGUUACUUUUUAGCUCUUGAAUGUAUCAUUAUGAUGGUCUCUUAUAAUCAUGGUAUAUUUCACAGAAUAAAAAUUAAAAAUAAUGUCAGGGUGCAAGUGACCAAGGCCUUAUCUUGAAAGUUAAAAAAAAAAGUAAAGAAAUCACAGUAAGUUCUAUUAGUGAUGAUAGAACCAGAUAUAAAAUUGAUCAGUGAUGGAGAAAAGAAAUGAUAAAUAGUUUCCAAGAUUAUAUUGUUAAAUUAUCUUAAAUUAUCAAGGUGUAAGAUGUAAUUAUUGACUCCCAAGAGUUUUUAUAGAAUCCUAAAAAAUAACUCCUGAUGUGUAGAUUAGUUAGCAAAUUCUCAGAAACCUCCACAUAAAAGCCUUACUUGGUUCAAAAUUUAUUAUAGUGGUUUAAUCAUUUUAGAUUUGAAUGUUUUAAGAUAGAUAGGAGAGACUUAGCAGAAAAUACUUGGCUUGCCAGGGCCAUGUUCUACUUCAUUGCUUUCUUUUAUAAGUGCAAGGAGUUAUUUCCAUCAGUUGACAUAGAUAUUAUUCACUAAAAUUUUCAGCAGACUCAAAAUAGAGAGGAGACGUUUUAAACUUACAUGUUAGUAUAAAACAGACCUCUCUCAUUGCAUGCACUAGAUCGAUAUUAUCAUAUGUAUUAAGCUAUCUGAAUUUAUUCUAGACAUUAAGAAAAAGACAGUACAUGACGGGAAAGCUGCACAUUUCUCACAAGGAAAAAAACAUUCUAUAUUUGUAGCAGAAAUCAGUGAUUUGAAAAGUCAUACUUUGCAGAUAUGAACCUGAAAAUCAAAGUGCCAUUGUUAAAUCAUCCUAAAGUGUACUGUGGGUAUUCUUCUCCAGUAUACUUGAAAAUGAAUAAAGUUAGAUUGCUCACAUUGAAGCUAAUGGUUGAGACAGGACACCUGCCACAGUGAAGUUUGAUUCCUAUGGGUGAGAAAAUGUAGAUGACUAUUGUUCUCACAAAAGUUCUAAAAUAAUAGCAUGUGUAGAGAAGAGCCGUUGCUUUGAAAAUACAUACCACAUUUGUUAUAAAACAUUUGUUUGUUAGUAGCAAUCACAUAGGUAGAAAGAGUUUGAGUUUUGCUGUGGAUUAAAAAGCCUUCCCUAAAAGGAGAGCUUGCCAGUCAUAGAGACACUAAUUUGGCACUUUUCCUCCUUCUUAGGUUUAAAUGUUAUACCAAUGCAUGUGUUUGAAAUAUCCAUUAAGAUGAUUUAAAAUUUGUCUUGUAUUUUGAGUUUCUUAAAUGUGUGGAUUCUUGUGCAUUUAUCUCUGAAUAUGUCUCUUUUAUAUUUUGGCACAAUUAUACACAUUGGGAAGGGCCAACCUAUUAGGGCUCAAGUAUAUAUAUGCAUUAGCAACUUGAAACUUUGGAUAAAAAGUUAUAUCAAACAGGCACAGUUAUUACAACUAGAGAGAAAUUGCAGAAAUAUUUGUUUUUUUAAGCGAAAGUAGAUUUUCACAUUAGAUUUGUAUUCACAGUACUAAUAUCUACACGGUCCACACUUUUCUAUUUUUAAAAAUUGUGUUCUCCUGUUAAAUAGAUUAACACUUCCACUUCUGUUUAUCACAAAAGACUGUAUUUGAAAGAUGCAUAUGGAAAAUUGAAAUUAUAUUAGUAAUAAAUGUAACUUGAAAAAUCAA